AUGGGCGUAAUGGAAGAAUUUUUAGUCCAGUGCGAAGAGAUAGCUUCGUUUGAAGAACAACUUAAAGAAAUCGACUUCAAAGAUUAUAAUGAUAUGUUCCUUGAGGCUGAAAAGCAGGAAGUGGAAAAUUUAUGGGAAGAUUGGAAAACUACCUAUAAGAAAUGUUUAUCUGACUCUGACUUACAGAAGAAAGAUAAGACAACAUUAAAAAACAAAAAGGCUGAAGCUCAUAAAAAUUACAUAAAAAGUCUUACUCUAAUCGGUGACGCAAAAGAAAAGAUAAAGACUGCAUGUUCACGAUCAAUUCAAAAAAUAGGUUCUUCGAUUUCUGUCCCGGCGUGUGAUACAGAGGUAUUUCACGGAGAUUACUUAAAUUGGCCCAGUUUUAGGGAUCUGUUUACAGCAAUAUAUAUAAACAAUAAAAAGCUUAGCCCUGUUGAAAAAUUAUACCACCUUUUUCAAAAGACAAGUGGAGAAGCAAGGCAAAUCAACCAACAUAUUCCACUGACUGAUGAGGGAUUUGAUAUAGCAUGGGAGAACCUCAAAAACCAAUAUGAAAAUAAGAGGAUCCUAAUAAAUAAUCAAUUGCGUAAAAUAUUUAAUCUGCCACAGUGUGCUCACGAGUCAGCUAGUGCUUUAAAGAAACUGCAAAGAGACAUUAAUAAUGCAAUUUCGGUUUUGAAAUUGUAUAAAAUCGAUAUUAGGUCGUGGGAUCCAAUUUUCGUUUUCCAAUGUUCAUCAAAGUUACCAAAACUCACGUUGUCCCUUUGGGAACAAUCAAUUGCCAAGAAGACCGAAAUGCCUUCUUGGGAAGAAUUAAAUAUAUUCUUGACGGAACGGUUUCAAGCACUUGAAAGUGUCUCGGAUAUAUAUGGUCCACAAAGCUCACGAUCUUCAUUGCCCCAACAGCAAAAAUUCAAUAAUUUUGAACGGUCAAGGAAUUAUAAAGUCCACCACACUAAAGUUAGUAAUCAAAAAUGCAAUUUGUGUAGAGGUAAUCACAUUUUGCGCUCUUGUCCCAAAUUCUUAAGCAUGGACUUUAAAAAUAGAUUGUCUAUCGUAAAACGCGACAAUCACUGCCUCAAUUGCCUUGCUCAAGGUCACAUGGUGGCAAAUUGUUCAAGCAAAAAUAGUUGCUCAGAGUGCAAUUCGAAGCACCAUACACUUUUGCACAGACCAAAUAUGUCUCAGCAGGAAAAUCAAAAGUCACAAGAAUCAAGAAAAGUGUCACAAUCAUCACAAACCACAAACUUACAGUCCACUGAUAUGCCUCUACCAAAUGCGAAUGUCAGUACAUAUCAUACUUCCGUAGCUAGUAAAACAAAAAUGCGUAUUCAAAAAUUACUGAAAUUGACUACCAUGCCGAUUGCGGCAGAUAUUAGCGGUCUUGGCGGCGAAUGCCUAGCAAGAUGUGAUAAAUUAGCUGUACUUACUAUAUCGUCGAUAGUAGAUCCAACAUUUUCAAUCGAAAUCGAUGCCUUAGUUGUACCGGAU